CCUGGACUUUAGAGACAGAAACACAACAAGACAUUGGAAGGAAAGAAAGUGGCACAAAGAAAUCAGCCUGACAGAGGAGAAAACCCAUCUACAAGACACCAUGAAGACUCUGGCUCUGCUCUCCAUCUGUGCUCUUCUGUCAGUGUGCUGGUCCAUGGGAGCUGUAGAACCUGAGGCCAUCGUGGAUCCAGAAGCUGACACAGCCGCCGAUCCUGCAGUUGAUGCUCCCAAUCCUUCUUCUUCUUCCUCUUCCUCAUCUGAGUCUGAUUCAGCUUCAUCCUCUACAUCUGACUCUACAUCCAACUCUGCCUCUGAUUCAUCAUCACAGUCCUCCUCCUCUUCUGAGUCCUCUGAGUCCUCCUCUGCUGAAUCCUCAGAAUCAUCUGAAUCCUCAGAAUCAUCAGAAUCCUCAGAAUCCAACUCCUCAGCUUCUGACUCCUCAGCUUCUGACUCCUCAGCAUCUGACUCUGCUGCAUCUUCAUCUUCCUCUUCUUCAUCCUCCUCAGAGUCUGUCAGUGCUGAAGAUUCCCAUGUGGUUAUGAAGAGAGACCUGGCCUCUAUUCUUCUGAGGAGAGAAAGAGCUGUCCAAGGCCAGCUCAGCCCUCUGCAGCUGGAAAGCCUGCAAGAAGUGUGUGAGCUGAAUGUUGCUUGCGAUGAUAUGGCUGACACCGAGGGUAUCGUCGCAGCAUACACCGCCUACUAUGGGCCCAUCCCUUUCUAAAUUAAACACCCCUUCUCCUUUGGACAUUUUUUAGUGCCUUCUGGUAGAAAUAACACAGAAACAACUCCCUUAGAUAUGGGAAAGAAGGAAAAAAAAAUGGAAAAGACGGAGCUCUCUUUUGAAUAUAUAAGCUGCCUGUCAUUGCAUGCAUGGAUACCUGUAGCGGUUUCUGUAUGUUAAGGGUCCCCAUCAGGCUGUCUGAAAAAGGGACACGGAUAUACAAGCCUGUGAAUGAUGUAGAAUCCCAUCCGAGUGUAAAUGAUUUCUCUGCCCUGUAGAGUUAUACAAUGAGUGGUGCUACGAUAUAAAAUGUAUUGUUUUUUAAUGUUUUUCUUUUGUAUAUCAUGCUUUAUUUUGUACUUAGCAGAUCUAAUGAGCUGAUUUUGGUUUUGUGCAAUAGGUGUAAAAACACAAACUGCCUCUUUUUUUGAAAAAGAAUAAAUUAUUUUAUUGUUUUCUUUU